AUGGGCUUUUUAAGUCCAGCAUGUGUCCUUUUCUUCUUUUUUGGAGUCAAAGUAUACUGCCAAUAUGAAAAUUAUCAAUGGGAUGAAGAUUAUGAUCAAGAGCCAGAUGAUGUCUACCAACCAGAAUUUCAAUUUCAUCAGAAUGAGGACUAUCAAGUUCGUUUUCAUCAGUACAUGUUAGGCUGUGCCACUGAAUGCUUCUGCCCACCCAACUUCCCAUCAUCAAUGUACUGUGACAAUCGCAAACUCAAGACUAUCCCGCGUGUCCCAGCUCACAUACAGCAAGUCUAUCUUCAAUUUAACGAAAUUGAGGCGGUGACUGCAGAUUCAUUCAUCAAUGCAACUCAUCUUAAAGAAAUCAACCUCAGCAACAACAAAAUUACAUCUCAAAAGAUUGAUUACGGUGUGUUUGCUAAAUUGUCAAAUCUACUACAACUUCACCUACAGCAUAACAACUUAGAAGAAUUCCCAUUUCCGCUUCCCAAGUCUUUGGAAAGACUUCUUCUUGGCUACAAUGAGAUCUCCAGAUUGCAGACAAAUGCCAUGGAUGGGCUAGUAAACUUGACAAUGCUUGAUCUCUGUUUUAAUCAUCUUGAGGAUUCCAUGUUACAAGAGAACAUACUAACUAAAAUGGAAAAAUUAAUGCAGCUCAACUUAUGUAAUAACAGAUUAGAAUCCAUGCCUCCUGGUCUGCCUUCUUCACUUAUGUACCUGUCUUUAGAGAAUAAUUCAAUUUCUUCUAUACCAGAAAAUUACUUCAGUGAACUUCCAAAACUUCAUGCUCUACGAAUGUCACACAACAAACUACAAGACAUCCCAUAUAAUAUUUUUAAUCUUUCCAACCUUAUAGAGCUCAAUGUUGGACACAACAAACUGAAACAAGUAUUCUAUAUUCCAAGAAAUUUAGAACACCUCUAUCUAGAAAGUAACGAAAUUGAAAAUAUCAAUGUUACAGUGAUGUGUCCAUCUGUUGACCCAUUACAUUACCACCACUUAACAUACAUUCGUAUGGACCAAAAUAAGCUAAAAGAGCCAAUAAGCUCAUACAUUUCCCUCUGCUUCCCUCUUCUACAUACUAUUUAUUAUGGUGAGCAAAGAAGCACUGAUGGUCAAACAAUACAACUGAAGACCCAAGUUUUCAGGAGAUUUCAAGGUGAUGCUGAUAGUGAAGAACAUGAUGAUCACCAAGAAGGUCCAGAACAAGAAGAAACAGAAGAAAACAUUGACCCUCACUAUUAUGGAAGUCAAGAGUGACAAGAAACUAUAGGUUAUCAGCAUUUAGCAGAAAGAGAACACCCACCUGUCCCUAAGGACAAGCUCAACAAUUCAGAAUGAACACAAACACUCCAUUCAAUGAACAUUCAUGAAGUCAUUUGGUUCGUAGGGUUUGUAACGAGGGCAUGAGACAGAGAGCACAUGUGCAUCUGUGAUACCACGAGAUACAACGUGAGGGUAGCAGAGCAAAAUGCUAAUAAUGUAGACAAAGCACACUUUCAACAGAAGUUAAAACAAUUUUAAGGACCACCUCCCCCUGUAUUAAAAUUUUUAAAAAUAGGAUCAUAAAUUUAAAUAUUUAUUAUGAGCUAAUAUUGAAAAGUGCUAUGGGUAUUUCAGUAGAUAAAAACAGUGUAACUAUUUCUAACCUAAAACAAUGGAAGAUUUAAUGAGGAGCCAUCAAGGAAAUGCAAAUGAAAACUACAAUGAGAGACACUUUCACAUUCCCUGGGAUGGCUAGAAUCAAAAAGACAAACAAGUAACAGAUGGUAUUAGCAAGGAGGUAGAGGAAGUAGCCUCUCCCACACUGCUGGUGGGAUGUCGAAUGGCGCAGCUGCUUGGGGAAGCAGUCUGGCCAUUCUUCAAAAACUUAGAGUCACUUAUGCAGCAAUUCCACUCCUAGAUAUAGAUUUAAGAGAAACGAACACAUAUGUUCAUGGAAAAUGGAAACAAAUGUUGGUAGCAGCACUAUCCAUUAAUAGCGAAAAGGUGGACAGCACCCAAAUGUCCAUCAGAUGAUGAAUAGAUAAAUAAAAUGUGGUCCAUAUGGUGGAAUAUUAGUCACCCAAGAGAAGAAGUGAAGUACUGAUACAUCAGCCUAUUUUAUAGAUGAGCCAUGAAAACAUCAUGCUAAGUGAAAACUCAGUCACAUAUGACUGUAUACUGCAUGAUCCCAUUUGUAUGAAGUAUCCAAAAGGGGCAAAUCUAUAGACACAGAAAGACCACAGAGUGCCUGGGGCUGGGGCGAGGGGAAGAGUGGGAAGUGGGGAGUAACUGUUAAUGAGCAAAGGGUAUGUUUCUGGGGUAAUGAAAAUGUUCUAAAAUUGAUUGUGGUGAUGGCUGUACAAGUCUAAAGAUACUAAGAAUUACUGAAUCACAGAUUUUAAAAGGGUGAACUGUAUGAGAUGUGAACUGCCUCAAUA